AUGCGCCAAUCUCAGGCUUUGGUGCUUUUGGGCGUCAUAGCUCAAAAUGGGUUCGUUACAGCUGGUUCCUUACCACGUGGUGUUGGUCCAGAAUUUGUAAAAUUCUACGAAAUCAAAGAUACCUUCACAUGCAUUGGCCACCCUUCGAUAACUAUCCCUGCCUCUCGAGUCAAUGACAAUUCGUGCGACUGUCCUGAUGGCACAGACGAACCUGGCACUGCGGCGUGUGCUCUACUAGAUCGUCUCUCCCCGGAGCAACCUUUGCCUGCUUCCCUCUCCGGUACUACAAACACCACAAAUGCUCUACCUGGCUUUUGGUGUGCCAACAAGGGCCAUAUCGGCACAUAUGUCCCUUUUAUGUACGUGAAUGAUGGUGUCUGCGACUACGAUCUUUGCUGCGAUGGUAGUGAGGAAUACGGAAAUGUGGGCGGAGUUAAAUGCGAGAACAAGUGUGCAGAAAUCGGCAAAGAAUGGAGAAGAAUAGAAAAGGAGCGGAAAGACAACCUGGAGAGAGCUAAUAAGCGCCGGAGGACCAUGGUGAAGGAGUCUAAGGAAUUCCGCCGCCGGGUCGAGGUCAAAAUUGUCAGUCUCACGGAUGAAAUUAAGGAGCUCGAAGUCAAACGAGACGAAUUAAAAGCUAAGCUGGACGAGGUCGAGCGCCAAGAGCGCUUCAAAGUCGUCAAAAAUGAAGGACCUGGAAAACUUGGUGUACUCGCUGGACUAGCUAAGACGAGAGUCAACGAACUACGAGACACCCUGAGCAAAGUCAUGGGCGAGCGUAACAAGCUCACAGCUAAGGUCCAGGAGCUGGAAAGCAUUUUGGCAGCGUUCAAGGAGGAAUAUAACCCUAAUUUCAACGACGAAGGCGUGAAGAAGGCUGUUAGAGCUUGGGAAGAUUACGCCGCCAAGAAGGCCGGAGAAGCUCAGGAACAGCUCAACGAGGAUGAUGUCACAGAAGUUAUGAAGGAGGACAGUGAGGAGUCUGGCAUUAACUGGAAGGAGUUUGAUGAAGAUGAAGCAACUGACACUGAUAUUCUAUACAGUUUCGAGGCUUAUCUCCCUGGUCCGCUUCGUGAAUUCCUCCACGACAAGAUCAACUCCCUCCGGGUGUGGCUAAUCGAAAAUGGCAUGUUGGCUGAUACAGGUUCCGAGAAGAGCGAGUCUCGUCUCGUUAGGGCUGCUCGGGAGGCUCACGACUCCGUUGCUAAUGAUGUCAACGCUAAGAGGCGGACGCUAGAAGAGCAACAGCAGGACCUAAAGAAGGACUACGGCCAAGACGAUAUCUUCCGGUAUCUGAAGGGCAAGUGCAUUACAACUGAGGCCGGCGAGUACGAAUACGAGCUAUGCUGGAUGGACAAGACGAGCCAGAAGAGUAAGAAGGGAGGAGGAAAGACCACCAUGGGUAACUUCGAUCGGUUCGAUUUUGAUGAAUCGGACGAGGAAGAGCGUCAUGACGGUAAGGGCCUAGGUCGGGGUAAGCGUGUGGUUCUAAGGUACGAAAACGGCCAGGGCUGCUGGAAUGGCCCCAACCGCAAGACGGAUGUUUGGCUUGCUUGUGCUGAGACCGAAGAGUUAUGGCGGGUUAGCGAGUUGGAGAAGUGUGUUUACAAGAUGGAAGUGGGCACGCCUGCUGUCUGCGAAGAGACAGUAGAGCCUGGUCAUGCUAAGGACGAAUUGUGA